AUGUCGGCACAGAAGCAGCAGCAAGUUCCUGCGAAGAAGCAGCAGGACCUUCAAGCGACCUACUCCAACUACAAGAACACGCUGCAGCAAGUGGCGCAGAAAAUCGGCGACAUUGAGCAGGAGGCUGAAGAACACAAGCUUGUUCUAGAAACGUUGGAGCCUCUCUCGGAGGAUCGCAAGUGCUUUCGAUUAAUCAACGGCGUCUUGGUCGAGAGGACGGUCAAGGAUGUGGUGCCCGCGCUCCGGACGAACCAAGAGGGGCUCAGAAAGGUACUCGACGACCUUGUGAAGCAGUACAAAGCGAAACAGGACGAGUUGGAUAAGUGGAAGGCAAAGAACAAUGUGCAGGUAGUGCAACAAUGA